CGGCUGCUGCCCGAUGCGCUGCGCCGGGAUCCAGGGCCGAGUCGCCGCCGCAGCUACAGGAUCGCCCCGGCCGGGUGACGCUGCGGGCUGCAUGGAGGCCCCGGAGGGCGCCGGCCCGGGAGCACCUGUGGACCUCAUCCUUCCCACCUGGACUGCGUUCCUUGCAAAAUGCAAGCAGAUGCUGUCCCACUCAGCUCAAAGCACUGCAGCAGCUUCCCCCAGUGUACUCCGAGUAGCAGCCAACUGUGCGCCCCCUCCUGCCCUCAGGGACCCUCCAGACGCACAUGUCCGACAUGGCGGCAUCCAUGCUGCUGUCCACGCUGUCGGGGAAGACAGGCAGCUGUUGGCACAGGGGGCCCCAGAUGGGCUCCCCUCAGCACGCCAGUCGAGGCAGCUGCUCCUGGAGCUCCAUCCACACCCAGCUCUCGGCAUCCAGUUGCCGGACAAGAAUGGGUGCAGAGCACUGCUGAGGGGCACCCGGUCCUCGUCCACUCAAGUCUCUGCUGCGCAGCCGCUCGGCUGGGGGUUCCAGGAGAGGGCAGUGAUGUGCAGGCAGGCUCUGCAGAAAUAGCUAAGGAGGCUGCGGUGCCACAGGCUACCCUAGGCACCACGGCCCAUGAGACGGGGGACAGCUGCCACUCGCCAGUGGUGGAGGACGUGGGCACCCCAACACUGGCACCAGGGCUCCUGCAGGUCUCAGAACGGAGGCAGCCCCUGAGCAGCGUCUCCUCCCUGGAGGUGCACUUUGACCUCCUGGACCUCACCGAGCUGACCGACAUGUCCGACCAGGAGCUGGCCGAGGUCUUUGCUGACUCCGACGACGAGCAACUGACCAGCGAGUCACCAGCAGGCCUGCACCCACUGCCCCGGGCCGGCUGUCUGCGAUCCCCUUCCUGGACACGUGCAAGGGCCGAGCAGAACCGCGAGAAGCAGCCCCUCGGUGACCCUGAGCGGCAGCCACUGACUGUGGACACAGUUCUCACUGUGGAGAGGCCCAAGGAGGACUAGGCCGGCCAGGCCGAGGUGGGGGAGAGCGGACAGCGUGGCCCCCACACUCCAGCACAAGCACAGCCCAGUGGCCUUACGUCCAGCUCCUUCUCGGGCCCUGAAUCAGGGCUGGUAGUGCCCGGGGAGGAGACGGGAGUGGCCUGGGCCUUCUGGAGACUUGUCUGCAGGACUGGUGCUCUUGUCUGUCACAAGAUUGCCAAAUGGGUGCCAGGUGAGGGGGGCCCUGAGCAGGGGACCGCUGCUCUGCACAGCCCUGGGGGUCUCAGGCUUCUGGUGUGAGUGCCACGUCGAGUUCCAGCCCAGAGGAUGCUCUGUUGUCCAGCCAAGUACAUGGUUGGGGGACUCAGUCCUGAAAAGUGCCACCUUGGUUUCAACCCUGUCCCAUUCCUGCCACGCAGGGAGCACUGCCGGCACCAGGGUCCCCUCCCAAGGGAGACAGCCAAGCCCAGCCUCCUUAGCUCAGAACACCAAACUUGGCAGGAUGGCCUCAGGCUGCUUGAGGGGUAGGCGGGGGCAGGCGUGUUCGCCUCCUCCCCACCCCUCACCCAUGACAUGUCCCCACAGCCUGGUGCGCACAUGCGUGGGUUUGUGUCCGCAGCCAGCAUCCUGGCCUGGGGCGGAACAGCCUGAGGGGAGUUGGGGAUGUGAGGGGAUCUGGGCACAGCCCUGGCCCCAUCACUGCUUUUCAUGGACACAAUGGGUUCUGGCCCGACUGCGACUCCAAGAUCAGUUUUAAAGUAAAUGUGUGAGCUUGCUUGUUGUCCCCAAGCCAAACUGCCCUGACCUGUUCCCCAGAAACGUUUCUGGGGAAGGAAGCUGGCUCCUCCACAGACGCCCUGGGCACGCUCCAGCCCCAUGUGCAGGCCUAAGGCCAGUCCCCACGGGGAGCAUGGGCCUCAGAAAGGUAGGAGUUUGCUGGGCAUGCCAGGGAUCUGAGGGACACUGCUGGCUCCCUCCACACGCAAGGAGUGACACGGUGUUCACCAGGCAGUUUAGAAUUUAACUUAAAACUGACCCCAUAAGGGCGGCCGCAUGCCCCACCCACCCCACCCACCGGGGUCCUCUUCCCAAUUUUCAUCCUUCCUGCUUCAACUCCGCAGAGCUAAGUUACAAAAAGUGGGAUUAAAAUGUCACCUGUCCUAA